CCUCCUGCUUCCCUAUGUGCUCCGCCCCCAGGCUCUCCCUCCUCCUCCCUCUGCUCCUGUGGGAAAGAAGAAAAUAAACGUACGGCGGCUAACAGGCUAGUUAUGGACCCGAGUCCCGGAUCCUCCUCCUGACCGUGUCCUCCUCCACACCCGGAGCUCCGCGGACCGACACUCUGCCUGGAAGGAAACACUUUCUGGAUUCCCGCACCUUUUUUUGUUUUUUUUUUUUUUCUUUUCAAAAGAAAAACUUACAGGCUUUGGGGAGGAUUCCUUCAGCUAGCCCGUGCAGCUAACGGAGGCUAACCUCACCCUGGAUGAAGUUGGCAUGGAGCGGCUGCUGCGGGGGGGAUAGCCGCUUGCAAAGCUCUCCUUUCGGACCGGGCACCGGGAGUCCCGCGGUCACCUAGCGUCCCGGAGCCGGGAGGGUGUAGCCCGGCGUUGUUCCUGCGGAUCAUUUCUCCGGGAAAGCUAACAGGAUAUUAGCCACCUGGGCUAGGCCACGGACUGCAGAAAGCAUUCAUCACCCACCGAGCCAUGGGCAGGCUGGCUCACUCCCCGAGAGGCAGCUGGAAACACCCGAUCCGGGACGAGGAGCUCUGAUCGAGGCCACACUAACUACUUUUAUCAGUGUUUCACUCGAAGAUGGCCCAGAGUUUUGGAGCUUUGUGCAAGUUGGAAUAAAAGAGUAAAAAAAAACAAAAAAAAAACACACUGCAGCCCACCUUCCCCCACCUCCCCCGAGAGUUCACAAAGUGCAUGAAAUAUAAUGUCUACCGCCAAAGAAAAUCCCUGUAGGAAAUUCCAGGCGAACUUCUUCAACAAGAGUAAAUGUCAGAACUGCUUCAAGCCCCGGGAGCUGCACCUCCUGACGGAUCAGGACCUGACCCAGGCUAAACCCAUUUAUGGCGGAUGGCUGUGCUUAGCCCCGGAAGGAACCGACUUCGACAAUCCCAUGCAGAGAUCGCGGAAAUGGCAGCGGAGAUUCUUCGUGCUGUACGAACACGGCUGUCUACGCUUCGCUCUGGACGAAUCGCCGAGCACGCUGCCUCAGGGCACGGUGAACAUGAACCUUUGUACGGACGUCAUCGACGCCGAGCCCAAGACGGGCCAGAAGAACUCUCUCUGCAUCGUCACCCCUGAGCAGGAGUACUUCAUCAGAGGAGAGAACAAAGAAAUCAUCAAUGGGUGGAGCGAACAGCUGAUUGUAUAUCCCCGAACCAACAAACAAAACCAGAAGAAGAAGCGCAAAGUAGAGCCUGCAACGUCGCAGGAGCCGGGUCCAGCCAAGGUGGCAGUGACGGGCUCAGGUAUCCCCGAAGCGGAGAAGGUUCCAGACUCCAGCUCCAUCAUCUGGCAAGAGGAGCUGAACCAGAGGGAGGCGGAGGGGGCGGCGGUGUGGGCCGCUGCCGACCUGCCUCCUGGAUCGCCGCUGCCCUCUGCAGGCGAGUGCAUGUCGGUCGGGCAAGGCUCCGACGCAGGCUCGGUCAACGGCGACGAAGUGGACCGGGGCGUCCUGGCGCUGCAUGGCUCCACGCCGCAGCCGCCCAGCGACCUGCUCUCCCCGACCGGCUCCUGCUCCAGCCUGGGUGGAGUCCCUCGGUGCCUGUCCCCGGCCCCCAGCGACCCCUUCCCCUCCGGCAGCUCCCUGCUCUCAAACGGCUCCCACAUCAGCGGCUCGGUCAGCUCCCUGGACUCGGACGCCAGCGGCAGCACCGUGACCAGCACCGACAGCCACCCGGCCAACCAGAGGGCCGGCGGACACGCCUACAGCCACCACGACACGCCGCGCUCCCGGCGGCUGGAGGCCGAGGCCAGGAAGGCGGAGAAGAGGAGUCGGUUCAGGAGUCCCGACAGACAGGAGAGGGAGGCCAUCCUCAGCCCCGAGAGGAGUCGCUCCGGUGUUAUCGAGAAGCUGGAGGCCUUGGAGCUGGAGAACCAGGAGAAGAUGGAGGUGGAGGAGUCGGGGCGGAGCGGAGCCAGACAGGGCCGAAGCGAGCACCGGCGCCUCCACCGAGAGGCGCAGGACAUGGGCCAGGGGCUGGACUUUCCCUCCACCCUGCCUCCCCUGAGAAGAGCCAAGUCGUUGGAUCGGAGGACCACCGAGUCGGUCAUGACGCCGGAUUUACUCAACUUCAAGAAAGGCUGGAUGGUGAAGCUGGACGAGCAAGGCCAGUGGAAGAAGUACUGGUUCGUUCUGACCGAUCACAGCCUGAGAUACUACAAGGAUUCCAUAGCGGAGGAGGCUUCGGACCUGGACGGCGAGAUCGACUUGUCCACAUGCUACAAUGUAACUGAGUACCAGGCUCAACGCAACUACGGCUUCCAGAUUCAUACCCAGGAAGGCGUUCACACUCUGUCGGCCAUGACAGCUGGCAUACGCAGGAACUGGAUCCAGGCCGUCAUGAAGAACGUCAGGCCCUCCACCGCGCCCGACGUAGCAAGCUCCAUCGAGGACCACGGCUCCUUCUCUGCCCUGGAGGGUCUGGUCAGGCCGGACGUCACUCAGGACUCGCCCUCCUCCGAGGCGUCGUCCGUGGAGAGGGAAUCGGGCGCCAAGCCGAGCCGGGCCCGAGAGCGCCGGCGAGAGGGCCGCUCCAAGACGUUCGACUGGGCCGAGUUCAGGCCCAUCGCCCAGGCGCUGGCCCAGCAGCGGGCGCAGGAGGCCGAGAGCCUGCAGUCCGAGGCGGGGGAGCUGGAGCGCAGCCGGAGGAGGGAGGAGCGGCGGAAGAGGUACGAGUCCUCCGCCGCCCCGGAGCACGCGCCCGACAAAGACGGAGGAGGCAGGACAGAGUGCGACGGAGGCGUGGACUCGGACUCGCUGAGCGGCUCGGAGCGGCAGCAGAGAGUGGAGGAGGUCAUUGAGGAACACUGGCGACAGGUGGAGAAGACGCCCAUCCGGGAGGAGAGGAGGGUCCCCCUGCCCACCGCGGCUCAGUCCAGAGAGACCGCCGAGCUCACGCAACUACUGGAGAACUACAAGCAAGGGAUCGAGGACCUGAAGUCCCAGUUGGAGAGCUGCCACCAGCAGCUCCUCGACUCCAACAAGCACAAACAGGAGCUGGAGCUCCAGCUGAGGACGGCUCUGGAGAGGGAGCAGGACGUCCGGACCGGGUACAUCUCUCCGCUGGAGCACCCUUUGGGUCUGGAGGCCGAUGUGGCGCCCCAGACGAAGAGGCCCGAACUGGUUAGUUCUCAAGCGCAGAGUUUAACAAAGAAGUACCAGGAGACCAAAGAGCUCCUGAAGCUGCAAGAGCUGAAAAAGCGCAAUAUGCAGGCACAGCUUGGCCUCUCGCUUUCUCACCUUCCCAACAAGGAACCUUACUUCUCUGAACCCCAAAAAACACCCGCCCCGGAAGGUCCCACCCCUGAACCUGUCCAGAAAGCGGUCACUUUCCUGCUCGAGGACAGCGCAUUGGCUAUUCAAGAGCUGGAAGACCUGAUAACGGGCAAACCUCUGACCCUGAAGGAGCUGGCGAAAGUGCUGAAAUUCCACAGCUGCAUUCAAGAGUCUGCGGAGAAGAUUGAACUCCAGACGCUGUUGGAGACCUGGAAGUACCAGCAGGAAAUAGAAAAUGAAACGAUUCGAAAAUGUUUAGCCAAAGCAGGAGAGAGCAUCCGCGAGUAUGAAGCACGUCUUGCAAGCAUGGAGGACAUGAUGGGGCAAGUUCAGAAACAAAGUCUUAAAAGCCCCUACGGUCCUCUGUCUAAGAUGGAGAGUUAUUCGGAGAUGAACGACAUGACUGUCGGGAUACUCUCCCAGAGGAUAGAACUUUUAACGAGUGAGAACGAAGCCCUGAAACAACGCUGUCAGGAGAUCGUCAACCAGCUGACCGAGGCCGACCGGGAAAUCGACAGACUGAAAGCAGAACAGAUCGGACAGCAAGGCGGCAAACAGCAUCACCUCGUCACGGAGGAGCUGAAAAGACUAAAGGCUGAACGGGCUGAAAACCAAGCCAACGCCAUCGACAGGGAGUAUUACGAGAGGGAGCUGAAUGAAAAGUCGAUGAGGCUCCACGAAGCUCUGGUUACCUUAGAGGAGCUCGGCAACACCCUGAAAGACACUGAGAAGAAGCUUCAGCUGAAAGACGCUACGCUCAAAGGCCUGGGCUUCCAGGAAUACGAAGACGAGGAGAAGCAGCCAGAAAAAGGUCAAUUCAGUGAACCGCUGGAGAGGUCGCAAGCAAAUUUAGCCGAGACAGAGGCAAGGCUUCAGUCUUCAGAGCAGCGCUGUGUGGAGCUGGAAGCUAGGAACCGAGAACUGGUCGCACAAAACCAGGAACUGGAGAAAGUCAGUAGAGAGAAGCUAGCCGAAGCAGAAAACGAAAUAAGGAUGCUGCGCGAGAAGUUAGAAAUUAAGACAAACAGAGAUGAAGAUAGUGUUGGCGAGUGUGUCGAGGCAACAGAGAAGCAAGUCGAUGAGAAAGGAGAUUUGAAGCAAGUAGCACAAGAGUUUGAGAUGAGGUCUGAAGCGAUCAGCCGGGUUGUAGAUAUGUUAGCAAAGGUAGAUGUUAAUGUGGAUAGAAUGCUCAGUGAAUUAAGAAGCACUUUAUUUGGUUCUUUGGAAGAAGAAGAACCACUCGGCGUCAAAGAAAUGAGCUUGCUGUUGGAGGGAGAGUUCUGGACUCAGCUGCUGGGCAUCGCCGAAGCGAAAGACCAUGAAAGCAGGCACAGCUGUGAAAGGGAGGUGGCGGAGCAGAUGAUGGCACAGAAACGCUUGAUGUUUUUGAUUAACAGGAUUUGUCCACAGGCUGAAGCUGAGAACAAGGAACUGGCAGGUUUUCCCUCGCCGUACGGCUGGCUCGACGAUGAAACAAACGCUGUAAUUCUCAAGCAGUUAAUUGGGAGCUUGGAGAAAAGGAUGCACAGUUGGAAGCUGAUUGCCUCUAGGUUGUUACAAGACCAGGAUGACAAACUGCUCGCCUUGGCGCUCGCCAGUUCUGAUCUUGGUAGAAAACAGAAAAACCCCUCAAAGUAUCUGCUUGACUCCCUCAGAGAAGCAUACGCAUUGUACAUGACCAUUAGGCUCAGUGUCCAGCAUGAAAAAGAACUGAAGCUGAAUCGGACACAGGAGCAGAUCGGUAGCUUGGAUUGCCCAAAUUGUCCUAAGCUAAGAGAAGUUGCCGGCAUUCUCAAGGCUAAAGUAUCAGAUCUUCAGAAUCAGCUGUCUGAGGCCACCGCAGUGCCAAAGAACUCAGUCCAGAUCGAAGCUGAGCCCUUAGAUCCAGUGGAUCCAACUACUGAGCUCCAUGACCUGGUGGCCAGGCACAGAAAAGAGCUGCAAGAUGUGAAGGACGGCUACGAGCAGGAAGUUGAAAAGCUGAGACAGGAAAUGGCGAAAGCCAGCGAGACCCUCCGCCUCCGGUCUGAAGAAAGUGUGAAAGAAAUCGACUCGCUGACCAGCCGCAUGGAGGACCUGAAAACGAGUCACGAGACGGACAGGGCGACGCUGGUGGAGAGGUUCGACCGGGAGAUGGAGGAGCUGAGAAGCAUGAUGAGUCUGGACAAUCCCAGCAAGAGCGCCACGGACGAGGGCGCGCCGCCGCACGGCGCCUCGGCCCAGACGCCAACCCUGAAGGAGCGCAUUCAGGAGCUGGUGACCCAAGUCUCCGUCAUGACCGAAGAGAUGAGGCGGCGCGAAGAGCAGGGCGACAUAACCACGCUCCGGCUGAAAUACGAGAAAGACCUGGAAAACCUGAAGGCCACCUGCGAGAGGGGCUUCGCCGCCAUGGAGGAGUCGCACCAGAAGGUGAUCGACGAGCUGCAGAGGAAGCACCAGAGGGAGCUGGAGAACCUGCAGGAGGAGAAGGAGCGGCUGCUGGCGGAGGAGACGGCAGCCACCAUCGCAGCCAUCGAGGCGAUGAAGAACGCCCACCGGACGGAGCUGGAGAGGGAGCUGGACAAGGCCCGCAAGGCCAACAGCAGUGCCGAGAACGCCGACGUGGAGGAGAUCCGGCGGCAGCACGAGGAGGAGCUGUGUUCCUUCCAGCGGGAGAUCGAGGUGCUGUCGGAGCAGUAUUCCCAGAAGUGCCUGGAGAACGCCCACCUGGCCCAGGCGCUGGAGGCCGAGAGGCAGGCCCUCCGGCAGUGUCAGCGGGAGAACCAGGAGCUCAACGCGCACAACCAGGAGCUGAAUAAUCGUCUGGCAGCAGAAAUCACGAAGAUGCGAUCGAUGACGUCUGAGGACGGAACGGGGGACUCGAACACGAUACAGGGGAAGGAGCUCUACGAGCUGGAGGUGAUGCUGCGGGUGAAGGAGUCGGAGGUCCAGUACCUGAAGCAGGAGAUCAACUCCCUGAAGGACGAGCUGCAGGCCGCCCAAAGAGACAAGAAAUAUGCAACCGACAAGUACAAGGACAUCUACACGGAGCUGAGCAUCGUGAAGGCCAAAGCGGAGCGGGACCUGGGCCGGCUGCGGGACCAGCUGCAGCUGGCCCACGAGGCGCUGGGCGAGCCGUCGCCCGAGGACGCGGAGCGAGGAGGAUACGAUAUCAUGAAGUCCAAAAGCAACCCCGACAUCCUGAAGAUGGCGGCCGCCGCGGCCAAACGCUCGGAGCGCACCAUGAGGUCUAAGUCUGUGAGUCGGGACAUGCCCUGGGACAGUUAGGGGCUGCACAGGACCCGUCCACCUCCCUCCCCCCCUUCUCCUUUAGAGUCUGAAGGAGGGUCUGACGGCCGAGCAGAGGCUCCACCUCUUCGACAACAAGGACACGAAGGAGUUCUGAAGCCCCGCCCCCCUCCGCCCGCCGCGCCGGCUGCAUGUGUAGAUGCCCGCCUAUAUUUUAGCUCGAUUUAUUUAGUUACACGACACACUGGUCACCAAACACACAACAUUUAAGAAUGAUAAAAAAAGAAAAAAGGAAAACAAAGAAAAAAAAAAUCUUGGUAUGAAGUUUGAUGUGUAGACUCUGCAUUCCCGUGCACUUCAGUUAACUGUGACUUCUUCUUUUUUUUUUUUUUUUUUUUUUUUGUUCUUACUGUAAAUACUGUUUUUAAAUGUCCCGCAUACACUAAAACUCUGACUGUGUAAGCUACUGUUUUAACUCUCAGACUGUUGCGUUACCAUAGGAACCGGAACAUUCCACAACAGAUCAACUUCAAAAGAAAAUCACCUAAGUCAAGGAGGAAAAAAAAAAAAAAAAGAUGAAAAUCAACCUGUGGAAAAGGCUGAACGCACCUGGACGGGAUUCACUGACUAUAAUAUAUAUUAUAAAUCUAAAAAGUGGUCACCAUCGGUCCAGCUGCACUCGAGUUCUCGGACUCGCUUUAUGUUUCUAGUCUCGUUCAUUUUCAGUCCCUUUGUAUUUAUUGAAAUGGCUGGGAUUUUUUUGUUUUUUCUUUCACAUUCCCAUUCAUCUGUACUCUAUUAUUGUAAAUAUAAAGCAAAUAUACACCAACUGACUACAGGUUUAUUAGCAAUAAAUAUUUUUGCACCCUU